CCUCCGCGGCCAAGUUUGGCCCCGCCGGCUCCCUUCACCACCCCGGCAGCCCUCCUGCGCAGCCAGGAGCCCGGCCGCUCCGGCCAUGGAGCUGCUCUCCACCCCCAAAAACAUCGAGAUCAACAACAUCACCUGCGACUCUUUCCGCAUCUCCUGGGCCAUGGACAAGGGCGACCUGGAGAGGGUCACCCACUACUUCAUCGACCUCAACAAGAAGGAGAACAAGAACUCCAACAAGUUCAAGCACCGGGACGUGCCCACCAAGCUGGUGGCCAAGGCGGUGCCGCUGCCCAUGACGGUGCGGGGCCACUGGUUCCUGAGCCCGCGCACCGAGUACAGCGUGGCGGUGCAGACGGCCGUGAAGCAGAGCGACGGCGAGUACCUGGUGUCCGGCUGGAGCGAGACGGUGGAGUUUUGCACCGGGGACUACGCCAAGGAGCACCUGGCCCAGCUGCAGGAGAAGGCCGAGCUCAUCGCCGGCCGCAUGCUGCGCUUCUCCGUCUUCUACCGUAACCAGCACAAGGAGUAUUUCCAGCACGUCAGGAUGCACUGCGGGAACGUGAUGAAGCCGUCGCUGAAGGACAACAGCGGCAGCCACGGCUCGCCCACCAGCGGCAUGCUGCACGGCAUCUUCUUCAGCUGCAACACCGAGUUCAACACCGGGCAGCCGCCGCAGGACUCGCCCUACGGCCGCUACCGCUUCCAGAUCCCGGCCCAGCGCCUCUUCAACCCCAACACCAACCUCUACUUCGCGGACUUCUACUGCAUGUACACCGCCUACCACUACGUCGUCCUGGUCCUGGCGCCCAAGGGCUCCUCGGGAGACCACUUCUGCCGGGAGCGCCUGCCCCAGCUGGACAUUUCCUGCAACAAGUUCCUGACGUGCUGCGUGGAGGACGGGGAGCUGGUGUACCGCCACGCCCAGGACAGCAUCCUGGAGGUCAUAUACACCGAGCCCGUGGACCUCAGCCUCGGCGUGCUGGGCGAGAUCAGCGGCCACCAGCUCAUGAGCCUCUCCACCGCCAACGCCAAAAAGGACCCGAGCUGCAAGACGUGCAACAUCAGCGUGGGGCGCUAG